AUGGCAACCAACGCUCCGCUCCUGGGCAAGGCCGCCCACAGCAAGGCAUCGAUCUUCUAUGGAGCCGAUGAGUAUCUCGAGGAGCUGAAGAAGAAGUACGAACAUGACCACGAGAUCGCAGCUCUUAAGAACGCUCUGCCGGGCGAGGGGGACCCUAACGCAGCAGGCGUUGCCCAGAGCAGCGACAAGAUGCUCUCCGUUCAGAAAAACAACGAGAACAGGAGCCUGAAGACGAACCGGCUCUUCCCCACUCCGAACAAGCCAGACCCCAUGCCGCAGAAUCUGGCAUUCUUGUUCACGAAGAUCACACCGGAGCAGAUGAUAUACAUGUGGAAUGUGCUCACCGCAAUCUUCGUGAGCCAAGUGCUGAUGGUGAUCGGCUACUGUGUGGCCUUGGCAUGCUUCCCAGACUACUGGUGGACUUGCACGCUUUGCUUCGGCCUCCCUUUCUCUUACAUCGCCAUCCAGAACAUUUACAUUGAUCACGAUGUGAUGCAUGGCGCCACUUUCCCGGUUUACGAGUGGCAGCGCUUCUUAACUCAUCCGUUUGCGGACUUUUUCUCCCUCCCGUGGGAAGAAUUCGUCCUGGAGCACAACAGGCAUCACGCCUCCACGGUGGACUUGCUGAUCCAGGGCGAGUUCGGCUGGGACCCCGAGGAGUUCCACUAUGCUCUGCAGCAGUGGGCUGGGCCAUGGAGCUCCAACUGGUACAAGUACCUGCUCACUGUGCCUUUCAUCCCCGUGAUUCACUUCUUCGGCCUGAACGACACAGGUUCCUUGUUCGCCUUGGAGUGGUGGAUGCACUUUCCUGACGAGGGUGCAGGGGGCAAGUGCAACAAGGAAUUCUGGAGCAAGUGGAUUCCACGCCGCAUCAAGCACAACGCCUUCGUGCUUUCGCUCUGGGCCUGCAUCUGGCUUCUCGGCACCUACCCUCUGGGACGUCCGCUGAGCGAGGGGUGGCGAUUCAUGUUCACCGUGUCUUUCUUCGCUCGCAUCGGCUACUCCGCAGCCUGGAUGUUCAUCACCAACUUUACCCACUCGUUACCUUGGAACGAGUUCCUCGCACAGGAUCCCGGCCGCACCUGGCCUGUCCUUCAUAACGUGAUGGCCAUGGUGCUGGGAGGAAAGCACCGCUGGAACGAAAUGCUCUUCCACGACGUCCAUCACGCAUUUCCUAAUGCGGUCGGCACGCUGAGCCAGCGCGGCCGCUUCCACGGCUGGGAGAAGGUUCAUGAUGCAGCGGCAGAAGUCCUGCACCGGGGGCUGUGGAAGCCUAAUGGCGAUGAGGAGACGCAGAUGCAGAAGACUCAGAAGAAGCGAUCCAUGAUGAUGCAGCAGGGCAAAUGA